AUGUCGCGAAAAGUCGUUCUAGUAACUGGCUGUUCAAAAGGCGGGAUUGGCUUCCAUUUAUGUGAGCGUUUUGCGGAGCAAGGAUGCACUGUGUAUGCCACAUCCCGUAGGCUGGAGACAAUGGACGGCUUCAAGCAUUCCGUGGAAAAGCGUGCCAUGGAUGUGACCAGCGAUGACGAUGUGAAACUGGUUGUACAAUCCAUUCUGGAAGAGCAGGGAAAAAUCGACAUCGUUGUGAACAAUGCUGGUGCUAUAGCCAUCGGACCGUUGCUCGAUGUGUCGUUAGAUCAGGCUAGAAAGGCUUUUGAGACCAACACAUUCUCGGUUUUGCGAGUUGCACAGGCAGUCGUACCAUCCAUGGUGGAACGCAAGCAGGGGAUUAUCGUCAAUAUUGGGUCAAUUGCAGGGAACAUCCCUACUCCGUGGAAUGGAUUAUACUGCGCAGCUAAGGCAGCAGUUCACGCGCUCAGUGAUACUCUGGCCAUGGAAUGUAAACCCUUCGGAGUUAAAGUGAUUCUAGUAGCACCAGGUGGCAUUCGGUCAAAUAUCAGUACUAACCAGGCGACCACCCUUGAAUUAACCCCCACGUCCAUCUACAAGCCUUACUUCGAUCGGGUGUACGAACGCAUGCAUAGCAGUCAAGCCGAAGGGAGCAUGCCUACUGAUGAGUUUGCACGAUGUGUGGUUGCAAAGGCGCUGAGUCCCAACCCUCCAACUUAUAUGUCACUUGGGAGCAACUCGCGUCUUUUCGCAUUCCUCCACUGGCUCCCUCAUUGGCUUGUCCUCUGGAUCAUUGGAUCGAAGACGGUUUGGAGGAAGACCUGA